UCCCCCCUGGCGGUGGUUCAUACCCUGGACAGGCAACUGGGAGAGGCACGAGACACGAGACCACUUUGGCCAUGAGACCGCUCUUCGAACCAUGCAGAAGCCACUGAGAGAGCUGGGCCGAUUGUGCCUGAGCGCGGGCGAGCAGAGCAACGAGGUCGUGACGGAAGUUCGCGCGGAGCCUCGUGGCGGGCUUCCCCUGCUCCAAGUAUGGCCGAGCGAUUCGCCAAGGGGCGAGGCCGAUGGACAGGCGCAGGCAUUCGUGUUUCCGGAUGUCCAGGAGAACGUCAACGACAGCGGCAUCGAGUCCAUACAGGCAUCGCCUUCGCCGUGCGGCGUGGCAAGCACUAGUCCAGCAGCCACGCCUCAACAAUCGCGACGCGCCAGCCUACUCCAUCCGGACCACGCUCGGCUUCAGUUGCACCAUUUGCAUCACAAUCACCACAAUUCCGGGAUUAAGAGUCCACCGACACCGGACAGGACGUCCAUCGACGAGGAGCCCCCACUCCCGCCCAGCCCUUCGAGUUCGACAACCAGCAGCCUCCGCUCCAUGCCCAGCUCCGCGAACGCCCAGAUGCACUCGCAGGACAGGAGACGUAGCAGCAGGUACAGCAUGUUCGACGCCCUGGACCUGGAAUACGCCCUCCUGAGGGCGGCAGCCCGCGGCUCCGUGGGUCCCUACUCCCUAUCGGAGUCCCUCCACAAGCUGACCUUCACCCAGAGCUUGGCCUUUCCCGCGCUUGCCCGGGGCCUGGCCUCGAAGCAGAGCGUGCCCACGAGGAGGCCCCAGCAGCACACGGAGAGCGGAUUGAACGCGUUCGCCAAGGUGGUGACCGCGCUGGUGUUGGUAUUGGUCAGCGUGCUCGUGUUCGGCGUGGUGUACAAGUUCGUGAGGACGUGAGGAUGGUUGCUGGUGCCCGAUCGGCCGGCCGACUCCUCGCAGGAGUUGGAUCGGCCGGGCACCGGCGACGCCUUCGACCACUGAACGGUCGAAACUCCUCGAUCCGAGUUUUCCUUCUCGGACGACGCAUGCACGAGCUCGAGGAUGAAUCUAUCAUACGAUGAUCUUCGCGGGUGGCCUAACCCUACCUGACGAGGAGAUCCUUGAUUUGGAACUGAUUCUGGAAGAGGAUGUGACACGUUAAUAUGAGUUAGAAAGAUGGAUAUAUAUAUAUAUAAGUAGAUAAGUGUAAGAGAAGUGCGAGCUUGAAACGAAUCGAAAAGGGGAAUCCUCCUCGAAAGAGGAUUGUUUCGAUGGUGAAUCGUGAAAUCGUGAAGAAAGAAAGAAAUUUCUAAAUCUUGAUACCGAGCAUUUUUACCGAGCGUGUUAUUAUUACAAUUCAAUAUUAAUCGUCUCUCGCGGUAUUUUUAUGCGGGA